GCACAUUGAACAGGUGAACCAGAGUUUGAGCAGCAGGGUAUAACGACGGACAGGGCUGUUUGGUUAGGAGAGACUACAUAUUAAUAAGACAAUCAAGGGAUGGAACGUCCCGCUGUGCUUUUGUUUCCUGUGAGAGGAAAACUUCAGUCACGGCGCUCACUCCUCAUUGGUCUGUUGACUGUUUCGUGAGACAUCUCACAGUGUUGAGUGAUUGGUUGGCCAUCCCUCUUGGAAGACUAAUCGACCCAAUCGCCUGUUGUCUAGCAGCGUUUCCUCUGCAACACUUUUCUGCCUCGGUCAGGACAGAGAGCGGACGACAGAGGAGAGAUCACGUCGCAUUGCAGCUGAGUUGAAGAUUCUUCAUUAGCGAUCUUCACCAUGGAGGUGCCGAGAAGGUUUCAGACUUCUUCAUUCUCACUAGACCUACCUAAAUCCUCUUCUUUGAUGGCUCCCCUUGUUACUUUACAAAAGUUCACCAGGAAAAAUUCUGCACUGGAAAAAUCCCUGGAAGAAGAUGGACUCACAGAAAAGAGUGAAUGUGAAGAAGAAACAUCAAGUACGAUGAUGGUUCCUGAUGUGUUUGUUGAUACAGCAGAUGAGUCGAAGUCACAACUUUCCACACAGGACAGUUUCUCAGAAGAUAGCUGUGUAUCAGAGGAGAGUUUAGCGCAGGAGGCAGAGGAGGCCAGGAAAAAAGCUGAAGAAGAGGAGGAGGCAGCAAAACAGAGAGCAGCCCAGAGACAGCAGCUGGCCAUUGAGGAGCUAGUGAUGUCUGAGAAGAAUUAUCUACGGAUGCUUCACCUUAGCACUGUUACCAUCAGGAACGCCCUGCAGAAACUACAGCCUCCUUUAGCAAACCUGAACAGCAUGUUUCUCCACAUUGAGGAAGUGAUUGAUGUGUCAAGUCGACUCCUCAGCCUGCUGGACCAGAAGGAGGUCCAGUCUGGAGAUCCUGCCUUCCUUGAGACACUCUGUUCUUCGUUCUUGAGUCUGUCUUCAGACAUUGAGGCAGCCUACAAAGAAUACUUGGCAAACUACAACCAAGUUACAUUCGUGGAGAACAGCUACAAACAGAAGGAAGCACUCUGGGACGAGAUUGUCAAAAUCAUCAAAGCCUCAGCGCCUGAAGUGAAUGCCACUUCUUUGAGUUUCUUCUUGGUCAUGCCAGUGCAGCGGAUUGCCCGUUACCCUCUCCUCUUACAGACCAUUCAGAAACACACUGACAAAGCCCAUCCAGCUUAUGCACUCCUGGAGCAGACCGCUCACACCUCCAUUGCCCUAAACUGCAGGAUAAAUGAGUACAAACGCUUCAGAGAAGUAGCUGACAAAUACAAGAAGACAGAAACAUUAACUAUCAUAGACAAGAUCAACCGUCUAAAUACCCACAGCAUUGCCAAGAAGACCGCGAGGCUCAGCCAGCAGAUCAAACAUGAGACUGGAAUAACACCCAAGCUGGUUGAUGAGGAGUUUAAUGCUUUGGAAGGCUUCUUUUAUCUUCUGGAACAUGCCAUCCUGGAGCUUCUCGAGAAUGUGGAGACAUAUCUGCACCACCUACAGAGGUUUCUGACCUGCAAAACAGAGGAGUUUGACUUUGACAUGGAUGGAGAAAAGGCUCCUAUUUGCUACAAGGAGAUCACCACAGCACUGAGACAGUGGAUACUGCCAACAUUUGAAAAGAGGUUGAGGACAUUGAUCCACAAGCCACUGUGUUUGCUCCGUGACCUCUUGGUGGGUCCUAGGAACCUGAUCAGAAAGAGGCUUGACAAGCUGCUGGACUAUGAAAUGAUCGGAGCAAAAUCGAAUCUGAAUUAUGAGGAGCAGGCUGUGGCCAACACGUACAGGACAAUCAAUACUCUGCUCCUGAAUGAGCUUCCUCGGUUUAAUGGUGUGGCUCUGCAGAUGAUCUGGAACAUGUUGGGCACAUUCUGCUGUCUGCAUAGAGACCUGGCCUCAGACAUGGAGCAACUCUUCCAAAGCUUUGCACAACAGCUGCCUCACAGUUCUCUCAGCCAUGGUGUAUUCUGGGAGUGGGCAGAGUCUGCAGUGUUGGAAGGAAUGAGGAGGCUGGAGACUCUGUGUCAGAGUGUCCAGGACACCCUCAAUGUCCCUGCUGUCCAGCCUCUUAGCCCAUCUUCUCAGCAUCGCCUGACGCAGCUAACGGAAAAACAUGGAUCUGGAAAAAUCUACCAGGUAAUAGGUGCAGUGGUGGGAGGCCGGGACCUGGACCUGAACCUGGCCAAAGGAGAGCUAGUUGCCAUUGUCAGCGAGAUGGACAGCCGGGGAGAUAGACGCAAGUGGCUGGUUGAUGCUGGAGGACGAAGAGGCUACGCUCCUUCCUCAAAACUGAUUCGCUAUCAUCAGGCAGCAGAUGACCCGCCCCCUUCGCCACACCCGUCACUGUCGGACAGCAUGACGGGUAUCAGACGACACUCCUACACCCCGGAGAGCCGACCUCUAACUACCAUGAGCAAACCAUGCUUUCAGGUGCUGGCAGCCUAUGACUUCACUGCCAGGGGAAACCAUGAAGUGUCCAUUCGAGCCGGUGAGCCUGCCCGUGUCCUGGAGCCCCAUGACAAGAGAGGAAACCCCGAAUGGAGUCUGGUGGAGGUGAGAGGGGGACAAAGAGGUUACGUGCCCUCAAACUACCUCAUGGUCACACCACUGAGGACAGAACCCAGUGGCUGUUUUCAGCCGUCCUGAUACUAAUACCUGAUCUGGUAUAAUGCAAUAAGAAAAAAAAGAAUAUAUAUUUUGAAUACUAACUGACCUUUAAACUUAAAAUAGGAAAAAAUGCUUUCAAUUUUAAAAUGAGAGGAUUUCAUUCUACUUUGUCUUGCACUGCUUUAUACCAAGAGUCCAAAUCUGGUUGUUUAAGCUAAAAAUAUUUCUUAAAAAAAAAAAAACACAACACAAAAAUGCUUUAGUUAAACCUGUAAAAAAACUUGAUUGUGUAGAAAGCGAGAACAAAGACAGACUUACAAUCUGAGAGUGUCGGAGGAACAGCUCUGAUGUCAGAACAGUGUUUUUACUGUUUACCUGGACACAGAAUUUAAGCCUCUGUUAAUGAAAAACAUAAAGAGACGACAGUAGCCAGCUGCAGCCUCAGAGCUGUGACUAUACAUCACGCUGACCUGCUUCUGGAAACAAGGACAGGGCACGUGCCUUAGGAGCCCAAGAUGAGAACAUUUCAUCUGACGUCUGAAGGACAAUCUUAAAAAGUUGUGCUGCAAAGUUUUUUUUCUGGACAAAGUUACAAAGCAAUAGAGACGAUGUGAGGAGAAUGUCUGAGGAGGGCUUUAAAGGAAGACAGACGUUUGGAUCCAAUGUCCACACACCUCAGUGGGACAACUGGGACAACAAGUAAAAGAAGAAACGGUAUAUUCUCAUGUGUGUGUUUGAGUGUGUGUGCCUCUUAUAGAUAGUGUAAGUAACUGUACAAAUAUUAAGCUGACUCAUCCAAAACAAGACGGGACUAAGAAGCCUGUUGUGCAGAUGUAACGUCUUUUUCUCUACUUUUCAUACUGACUCUUUUUUACAGCAACCAAAGCUAAUUGUAGUCUGUUUCCAGGGAUACAUUUUUGCUACAGCCUUGUUUUGUCCAUUAAUCAUGAAUGGUGCAAAGAUGAAACACAGAGCAAGCGAGGUUUUUAGGAUUCUUGUUUUUGGGGACUCGUAGUCUCUGGGGUGGAGUGGACGACAGACGUUCACAGCUGAAUUGAUGUGCCUUUUUUUAAGCAUUAAUAACACAGUUAUUGCUACAGUGCUGUCAGUGUGUGUGUGUGUGUGUGUGUGUGUGUUUGGAUGUGGGUUUGAAAUUGUGCUGACAGGUGAACUUACAUUAUGUGCCCAUGUACCAGACUGUGUGUGUGUGUGUGUGUGUGUGAAAAGUCUUCGCCUUCUCCCCUGACUCCUUUUCUUCCUCUUCCUCCUCCUCCUCCUACACAUCUAGUGGAAGGAUCAGCACUGUAUUGAGACUGACAGGUACAUGGCGCUCUCAUCAUCUCGGACUGCGUAAUGUGAUGUAAAUGUAAAAAGUCUUCAGGCUGGAGGAGACAGCGAAAGCGCACGUGAGUGAGAGAGAGAGAGAGGAAAAGGUGAGGGAGUUGCAGGUAAAAUAGAAGGAAGUUUAAUAACAGCCUUGUUCACCCCCUCUCUCCCUGGCUUUUAAAUUCUCUCCUCAUGUUCACUCCUGUUUCGUUAAAGGUGAAGCGUCACAGCUGUGCUUUUGUGCUCUCUCUGCCCUCAUUACCAAGCAGAAUUCUGUUCCUCCAUCAGAGCCAAAAAAGUUUAACAUCAAAGAUAUCAAGUGGUUACAGACAUGAAGGAACUGACCUACUUCAGUGUCUAUGGACACCUGAUGAUGCUAGUUGCCAUGGAGACGGUUCAAUCAGAGCAGGUGGCGUUGCGCUGGCGUUUUCACUGCGAGUCGACCGGACUGUGACAGUAUUUUUCACCUGCAUCUCGCGAACAGUUUUCUUACUGCGGCGUUUAUUGCUCAAGGUGCUUGGGUUUUGGAACCAACAUAAUUUCAAAGAUGUUGAUUUUGCAAAUCGAUUUGUUCGUGUGUUCUGUCAGGCCUUCACUGACGUGCUGCAAGGGGAAAAUUUCAAUGCUCUGCUUGUGUAACCUUUGUUGCCCCCUUGAGGUGUUGUCAGUAAUGACAAGUUCUGCAAAUGAUCUUUGUUUUCCUGGUUAUCAUGUUAUCUGAAUACCAAUUCACAGAAAGGCGCAGCGUAUAUUGCAUUUUUUCAGGUUUUUAACUGUGAGAGUACAGUGGCCAUUCUUCACCUUUAAGGUUUGGUGUUUGAUCCCAAGCUUGUUUUGUGCAAUUCUGAGGCAAAAUGCUGUUAUCAAAACAAUCAUUAGUACCUAAUCUUUAUGAUAUAUAUACGUAUGUGGCAGUAUUACUGAAGCAGUCGCACCUACUGUUGGAUGUGUAAAGACUUGAACUUUGAGAGAGCAAGGGGCGUGGGUGGGCUCUCUGUCACCUGCAGUGGUGUAGAGGACUGAUAGCCGUGUUUGGAUUCAGCCAGUUAUUUUACCUGCUUGAUUAAUGAUCCCAGAGAGCUUGGCUUUAUUCUCCACUGUGAUAUCACACCGCAUCAGCUGCUGUGGGUGUGCAGCACAGACACAGAGGGUGGCUGAGAUCUGGAGCUGUGUGUUACCCAUCAGCCUGAAUGUCAGGACAGAGCAGAGCAGCAGGAGGCAGCAGGAAGUGUGUGUGUGUGUGUGUGUGUGUGAAUGAAUGUGUGUGAAUGUGCGCUUAAAUACCAAAUCUCAAGGGUAGAAAGAUGGAAGGAAAAUUUUAACAUUUAUCAUCUUUUCUUUGUUAAAUGUCAGUUAAAUUAAAAGAAAGAUUGGCUCAAUGUUUAAGAAGACAACGAUUCUGAGUUGUUGAUUCUAUUUUAGAUUCACUACAAAGACCAUAAUAUCAUAUUGUGAAGCUGGUGAUUAACCGUUUUCUAAGCAGAUGUGAAUCAUCAUAAGUAUAUUAUAAGUAUUCACUUAUUUUAGGAUCUUAACACAUCACUGUAUUGUUUUUGUUUUUCCUUGUCUGAGAAAGAACUGGAUCAAAUUUAUUUUUUGACAUUUUGAUGUAUUUAAUUACCUUACCGUCCACUAGAGGGAGAAAAAGACCCCUGUUUUGCGAAGGAUCUCGUUGAUAUGUAUAGUCUGUGCGUGUGUGUACGCACGCCUUUGACAGUAUUAGUAUCAAAGUGGUGUCAAAUUCUGUACAUUUGUUUAUAUCGUUCAGCUUCCUGCGGAUUUUUUUAAAGCUUAACACGCCUUUGAAGUGAAUCACGUUUAACCUGCUGUUGAUGUUGUGAUACAUUAAUCUGUAAAAAAAGAAAUCUCUAUUAAUAACUUAUUGCUUUAGUGGUGCGUUCUGUUAGGACUUGAAGUAUUAAAUGCCCCAGGGCGAUGUGAUGAAGUCUUUGAAGUGUGGAGAAAAUCUUUCUGAUAACUCAUCGGCAUUUCGUGUUUUUUGUAUGUUUUAAGGCUGCAAGGCUGUAAGGAUACAUUUGUAGCUUCAAUAAAACUAAGCAGAAACUAAAUGGUGUGCACUGUCGACGAGUCAUGUCAUCCAUCUGGAUUUAGGGUAGAAGGGUUUUAAAAUCACUUUUUCACCACAGCAAAUGUUUCAGACUAAUGUGAGACCAGUGCAGUGAUUUAACAGACCACCUGAGAUGAUGGAUGGAUGACGCUGGCUGUGGACAAGUGCUGGUGAUUGGAACUAAAGGAGUUCUUGAAACCCAAGUCAUUUUUAAUUCUGCUAAUGCACAGGCAUGUCUGCAGAAAAGUCAACUGAACGGCCUAAAGAAGGUACAGGAACAGCACAAAAAAUAACCUACUCAGGAUGUUUAAUUCAGGUUCUACUGUUGACAGGUUUAAUUGCAAAUCAUAAAGAAAAGUGAAGGAAAACAAGAAUGCUUUUCUGCAGUGAUCUUAAAUAAAUCAAUACAAACUGGUAAAUAAAAUCUGUUUUGUUACAUAUCGUAUUAAAAAAGGAUUUGGAAAAGUUUAUAAUGAUGAAAAAUAUACAAGAGGUGGUGUGAUUUGGUGAUGAAAGAAAAAUAUUCAUAGAAUAUUGGUUGUUUAUUUAUUUAUUUCUUACUGAAUUUCAAUUAAAUUCAAAUUCAGUUUAAUAUCCAGGCUGAACAGAAUAACUGUUGGUUAAAAAAUGAAUUUUUAUACUGAAUUAUUUUCAGUCUAGUCUGAGAUCAUUUAUAAAUUACUGUCUAAUCCAACAUUUAAUAAUUAAAAAGAUCAUUAAUAUCAAUGUUUUCCUGAACUUUUAUUUUUUUUACUACUACUACUACUGAAGUUGGAAGCCUUAAUGGAGGACUACUGUCUUUCCUAUUGAAUCUCAGAUGGAGUUGAUACUUAAUUUGUGUCCAAUGAGUUACGAG